UACCUGAACACGGUGAUUCCCUACGAGAAGAAGGGGUCGCCGCCCUCCGUCGAGGACCUGCAGAUGCUCACCAACAUCCUGUUUGCCAUGAAGGAGGGGAACGAGAAGGUGCCCACGCUGCUCACGGACUACAUCCUCAAAGGUAUCCGUGCCCCCCUCGUGCUCCCCUUGUGCCUCCGAGCAUCCGCCGGGGAGCCCGGCUGCAUCCUCUGCAAGCCUGCUUGUUAUUUUACACCUUCAUUGAUCGUCGUGCACUUGUGCCUUACCGAAUGGUGCAUCCCCAUUCAUGCCUGUGCAUUAACGUGUGCGCUCAUGUAUUAUCGCACAUCUUCCUACAUCCCCGCCCACGCUUGUGCAUCCUCGUGCAUCCCUGUGCACGCUCGUGCCUCAUUGUGCAUCCCUGUGCACACUUGUGAGUCCUUGUCCAUCUGCAUGCAUG